AUGAGCAAGACAGGGGUGAUUAUUGAUGAGCAUUAGUAAUACUCUUCUGAAACUUCAGAUAGAAAGGUUUCUACAAGAAAAAACAGACCAAUUUACACUUAGACAAUCAGUGUAAAACGCUAUCAUAAAAUACCUCUAAGAACUUAGUAAAUGCUUUUCGAAUAGGUAUUUAAAAACGGGAAAAAGAUUAAACAAGCAGCUAAGGAAUUGAAGAUGAAUUACUCAAGUGCUAAGUCAUUGAUCCAUUACUAUAAAACCGAAAAAAGGCCAGUACCUGAUUAAGUGAAAAAGUUGAUCGGCUAGAAGAAAUAGGCAUCAUUUUGCUCGAUUAAGUAAAUUAAAUAAGAUGGUGCCAAACUUGUUGUUGAAAUAUAACUCAAUCAUCAGAUAGUUAACUCUUACAACUACUAUCAAAAACUCCAUAACGAAGUCAAAGAAGAAACAAUUUGA